AAUGAAUCUUUAUUAGCCUAAUUAAUUUGCAUUCAUGAAUCCAUCAUCAUUAGUUGUCAGUAAUAAACAGUAACAAAAGAGACGCUGAUGAUCAAAGCUACAUAAUAUAAAUAUUAAUAGAAAAGGGAGGGGGUUAACUGAAAAUAUAGAUUGUCUAUAUUAAACUAAAAUUUGAAAUUUGUGUAGUAGCCUAUACUGAAUACAUUAGACCAAUAUCACAUCAUUCACAAGAUGGAGGAGACGCCUCGUCUAUCUACGGCGAAUGAAUACCGUCAUGCCAUAUUUAGAAUUGCUAAUCAUACCAAGUAACAUUGACAAUAAUCGGAACAUUUUCACAUAAUAUUGCACUUGGGGGUUUAAUUUCAAGAUCAAUUAUUCCUUGAAAGAGCUUAUUGAUCGAUACACAGAGUUCAAGCCGAAAUCUAACAAAGAAUUAUAUUCUGUCGCGCAAUGUCAUUGUGAAAAUAGCCUUAUUGAGAGCACGUGGUCUACCGGCGUCACUCAUCCUUUCCUAGCUUGCCCUACAUACCGUCGAGGUCUACAAAAUUGGUCCUUUACGUUACUUCGCAUUUCGUUGCUAUUCACAAGCUGCAAAGAUGGCAAAACCUCAAGUUUUCUUCGACAUCACUGCUGAUGGCAGUCCACUGGGAAGAAUCACUAUGGAGUUGAGAGCUGAUGUGGUACCCAAAACUGCAGAGAAUUUCAGAGCUCUUUGUACUGGUGAGAAGGGAUUUGGUUUCAAAGAUUCCACAUUCCAUAGAGUUAUUACAAACUUUAUGUGUCAGGGGGGAGAUUUCACUCGUGGAGAUGGUACUGGAGGUAAAAGUAUCUAUGGUGAAAAAUUUGCUGACGAAAACUUCCAGCUGAAACAUGAGGGUCCAGGUACAUUGUCCAUGGCAAAUGCUGGUCCUAACACAAAUGGUUCUCAGUUCUUUUUGUGUACCGUUAAAACUGCUUGGUUAGAUGGUAAACAUGUAGUAUUUGGUAAAGUGGUUGACGGUAUGGACGUGGUAAAAAAGAUUGAAAGCUAUGGUUCUCAAUCUGGCAAGACCUCCAAAAAAAUUGUUAUCGCUAAUGCUGGUCAAUUGUAAACAUGUCUGCAUUUGACAGCACUGUAGAUUUUAAUUAUUUUAUGAGAUACUUUCUUCUACAAUUCUAUAAUCCGAACUCUAAUUAUGUUUAUUUUGAGGGUGAUUCUGUAUUCAACAGAAAUUCUUGUAGUUAAGAGAAUAACAGAAAAUUAUCUUUAAUAUUUAAAGGUCUGUUAUCCCUGACAUGAUUAUUAAAAAUUGAUACAUAGCUAAAUGUUUAUUUUUGAGGAUUGAGUUUUCACAAGUGCUAAAUAACAUCAAAAUAAUUUCAUAUAAAUGAUCAAAAUUCACCUAUGGACUUUUAUUGUCAUUCAUUUUGAAAUUUCUUUACAAUGUUUUUGUAAUGUAAUUUUUUGUUAUAACAAUUCUUGAACUAGAGG